AAGCAAAAUAAAAGAUGAACAAAGAUUAUACAAGUCGCAGAGCAUUCUGAUAUGAAACAGUGCCAAUGUUGGACUAUAUAUAAGAAUGGACUCAAUGAGCAAUGGUCCACAAGUUAUAACUGAAAAGAAACACCAUCCCUUACUAAACAUGGGCAUCCAAUCUGUCAAAAAGCCACAUGCAGUGUGUAUACCAUUUCCCGCACAAGGUCAUGUUAUACCCUUCAUGAAAUUAGCCAAGAUUUUACACUCAAGAGGCUUCUAUAUAACAUUUGUCAACACUGAAUAUAACCAUAGACGAUUAAUCCGAUCCCAACGCCCUGAAUUUGCGAAUGGCUUCGAGGAUUUCUUAUUUGAGACUAUCCCGGAAGGAUUGCCUCCAUCAGAUCGUGAUGCAACUCAAGAUCCUGCUUUGUUGUGCGACUCGAUUAGGAAGAACUGCUUGACUCCUUUUCGCGAUUUACUAUCAAAGCUCAUUUCAUCAUCAGUUGUUCCACCAAUUUCUUGUAUAAUAUCAGAUGGAAUGAUGAGCUUUGCAAUUAAGGCUGCACAAGAAUUUGGCAUCCGCGAUGUCCAAUUUUGGACAGCCUCAGCUUGUGGUUAUAUGGGAUACCUUCAACAUCAUGAACUAUGAAGAAGAGGGAUUGUCCCAUUCAAAGAUGAUAGUUUUAUGGAGGAUGGUACACUGGAUAGAGUUGUUGAUGGGAUACCAGGGAUGAGAAACAUUAGGUUUAGAGACUUGCCAAGCUUUAUCAGGACUACGGAUCCAGAUGAGAUUCUGCUAAAUUAUUUAGGUGAUGAAGCACAAAAUUGCUUGAGCACUUCUGCAAUGAUCUUCAACACAUUCACUGCUUUGGAACAUGAAGUCCUAGAAGCAAUUAAAGCUAGAUUUCCAAACAUUUUCGUUACAGGUCCACUUUCAUUGAUGGAAAAAACAAUCCCAGAAAACAAACUGAGCUCAUUUAGGCCAAGUUUAUGGAAAGAAGAAUUCCAAUGUCUUGAAUGGCUGAAUAAACAGGAACCAAGUUCAGUGAUCUACGUGAAUUAUGGAUGUGUUACUUCAAUGGCAGACAAUCACUUGAAAGAAUUCGCGUGGGGACUUGCAAAUAGCAAGCACCCUUUCUUGUGGAUUGUUAGGUCUGAUAUUGUGAUGGGCGAUUCAGCCGUUUUGCCUGAUGAAUUUCUUGAAGAGAUUAAAGAUAGGGGAUUAUUAGCAAGUUGGUGCCCACAAGAUCAAGUUCUUUCUCACCCGUCUAUUGGUGUUUUUCUGACACAUUGUGGAUGGAACUCUACGAUCGAAAGCAUGGCUUCUGGAGUUCCUCUAAUUUGCUGGCCAUUCUUUGCUGAGCAACCAACAAAUUGUCGAUAUGCUUGUGCAGAGUGGGGAAUAGGUGUUGAGGUUAAUCAAGAUGUCAAGCGCGAAGAAAUUGAAGGAGUUAUUAAGGAUAUGAUGGAAGGUGAAAAAUGUAACGAGUUGAAGAACAAGGCGUUGGAGUGGAAGAAGAAAGCAGCAGAAGCAACUGCUAUUGGAGGGCCUUCAUGCAAGGACUUAGAUAGGUUCUUGGAAAAUAUUCUCCUUAACAGGAAGUAAAAAAUGGUGUCAUACUAUGUAUGCUUGUCUAAUCAUUGCCAGGCAGUGAGGAUUCUCAGCUCUAUCUAGUGGGCAAUUAAUUCAGGAAUAGACAUGCAUGCUUAGGUCUGUAAGUAGGAGAAAAGCCUAAGCAAUAUCAUACUAUCUUAUUUCCUUUAAAUAAAAUGUUUCAACUGAAUUAAUCGAAAAAUAUAUAGAGGUAGAAUGAUAUCGUUUUCAGAGCUUUUCUGUUUUUUGCUGUUCAA